AGAGGUGAGGAUGCUGCGACGCUCGGCCCUAACCUGGACCGAUGGAGGAGCGGGCUUUGCCCUGAGUGACAGAGCCGCUUUUCGCGUGGGAGGGUGUGUCUCUGAAGACCGUUUUAAGUUGAAAGGAAAGAUGCUGUCAUCCAAUGAUCAGAAGUUAGAAAAGCUGGAUCCCUUUCAUCGACCUCUGCUGUCCAAGCAGAAGACUAGUGCGGAAAUCAUAAAUGAAGCGCGGAAUGCCUUAAGAUCGGUUAGAACCCAAAGACCAUUUACACCCCGGGAAGACCAGAGGAAGCUGUUUGGGCCUGCCUCAUCAAGAACCCCAGAAAACAGACCUCCCUCCUCCUUCAGCCUUCAUGCGUCCAGCUUUGAGUUAGCCGACUCCAGGCCCAUCUCUGGCACCCGCCUCAGCCCGCUCGAGCUGAAACCCAGAGCUCCAGCAUCUCCCACCACGGAGGAGGAUGCCUGUCCGUCCCUCCCUAAACCUCCCCUGGACCCUGUGAAGAUAAGAAGGAUAAGUGGUGGGCGGUCGCGCUUCUACAGGGCUGCGUCCCAGGGAACUCUUCUGCCUGACCGAUCUCCUGCUGCUGCCCCCUCAAAGACCACGGAGGACUCCAAAGAGACUGUUUCCGUGGAGAAUUCUGCGGCAAAAAUAAAUGGGACUUAUUUAACAGCAUCAAAUGCCAUUGGUCAUUUAAAGAGUCACCCACCCCAACGUACUUACGACCAAGGCUUCAGAGAAACCAAAGAAGUGUCCAAGGAACCACCAUCUCAUCUCCGGAGCGGCGGGGACCAGGGGAAGCGGCCUGCCAGGGCCUCCUCGUGUCCUAGCAGCUCAGACCUGAGCAGGCUGGAAACCAGAGCAGCCUCGAGAGCCAGCUUACAGGAACAGGAGACAGAAAUAGAAGUCGAUGAAGUCUUUUGGAAAACACGGAUUGAGCCGCUUCUGCAUGAAUUAGAAAAGGAAGACAUCGAGGCCAUGUGUGCCGCUUGCUCGCAGCUCCAUCACACGUUGGAGGAAGGGCGCAUGCUCGGCAGGAAGUUCAGAAGAAGCGUCCUGCUGAAGACCCUGUAUAAACUGGUGGAUGCUGGCUCGGACUCGCUCAGCCUCAAGCUUGCCAAACUCAUCCUGGCACUAAAAGUGAGCAGGAAGAAUCUUCUGAAUGUCUGCAAACUGGUAUUUAAAAUCAGCAGGAGUGAGGAGAAUGACGUCCUGCUGCAGAAUGACAACAUCCUGGAUUCGCUACUGGAGGUGCUGAGGGGUGAAGACUUGCCAAGUAACACUGAGGCUUUUUUGUACUGCAUGGGGGCUCUGAAGUUCAUUUCCGGGAGUCCGGCAUUUCUUCCCGAGAUGAUCGGCAAAGGUGCCGUGGAAAUAUUGACGAAGUUGAUACGGCAAACGAGCGAGGACACAAAGAAACGCGGCGCGUGCCUGCCCAACGCAGGCAACUUGCUGGUCCAGACAACUGCUACGCUGAGAAACUUGGCCGACUCACCGCUGACGAGAAGCAGGCUCCUGAAGGUCGGGGCCUUCCCCCCGCUCUGCACGGUGAUGGAGCAGUACAUGGACGACAAGGAUGUCUGCACCAACAUCGCCAGAAUAUUUAGCAAACUGACAUCUUAUCAUGACUGCUGUGCAGCCCUGGCAAGCUAUUCCAGAUGCUAUGCCUUGUUUCUGAGUCUAUUGAACAAAUACCAGAAGAAACAGGAUCUAGUAAUUCGCAUUGUUUUUAUCCUUGGCAACCUGACAGCAAAGAAUAACCAGGCCCGGGAAGUUUUCUCCAGGGAGCGAGGGAGCAUCGAAACUCUUCUCACGCUGUUUCAGAACUUCUACCAGCUUGACCAGCACCCCCCAAGGCUGGGGCCCUCAGGAGCCAGUCCGGCAGCAGAGGCUGAGGACGUGCUGGUCAAGCUGACCCGCGUCCUGGCCAACGUAGCCAUUCACCCGCGCGUCGGCCCAGCGCUGGCCGCCGAUCCUCGGGUGGUGGGCCUGUUGCUGACCACGCUGGAAUCCAAGUCACUGGGCGACUGUGAGGAGCUGGUGAUCAACGCCACGGCAGCCCUCAACAACCUGUCAUUCUAUCAAGUGAAGAGCUCCGUCCUGCAACACAAAAAGCUGUAUGUCGCUGAACUGCUCUUAAAGCUCCUCGUGAGUAACAACAUGGAUGGCAUCCUGGAGGCCGUGCGGGUCUUUGGAAACCUCUCCCAGGACCAUGACGUCUGCAAUUUCCUCAUGCAGAAAAAUGUGCACAAGUUCAUGAUCGCGCUGCUGGAAGCCAAGCAUCAGGACAUUUGCUUUGCCGCCUGUGGGGUUCUCCUAAACCUCACCGUGGAUAAAGACAAACGUGCCAUUCUGAAAGAAGGUGGAGGCAUUAAAAAGUUAGUGGACUGCUUAAGAGAGUUUGGUCCUGGCGACUGGCAGCUGGCCUGUCUGGUGUGCAAGACCCUGUGGAACUUCAGCGAGAAUAUCACAAGCGCAUCCUUGUGUUUCGGAGAUGAAGAUGCCAACAGGCUCCUGGUCCUCCUGCCGUCGUUUUUAGAUGAAGAACUGGCCCUGAAUGGCAGUUUUGACCAAGACCUAAGAAGCUAUCACAGACUCCACUGGGAAACAGAAUUCAAACCUGUGGCCCAGCAGCUUCUGAAGCGAAUCCAGAGUCACCACACGCCCCUGGAGCCCCUGCCCACCCCCUCUUUCUAACAUGACACAGUCUAAAGGCAGAUCUGGGGAGUCAGGCCUCCCUCAUUCCCGGGAAGUGGUAAAAGCAUGGCCGUUUCUCAGUGUUAACACAUGUGGAGCAUUUUAAAAAUACUGAUUUUAGUGAAUAGCCUAAGUAUUUUUGAAAGAAGUAAGCAAUUCUUCCUUUUCUAGAUAUUAUGGAAAAAUGAAUAUAUAUAUUUUCUGCUAUGAGAGAUGUGAGAUGGAAAUAUAUGCAUUUUUAAGAC